GUGAAGUCGCAACACCAUGGCCGACUUCCGACAUUCCAUUGGGUUCAGUUUAUAAGAAGCAGAUUCGCGACGGGCUGAUCAUUUAUGAAGUUAAUGGAUCAACUGAUAAAAGAUUUCAGGAAGAUUACGAGACUUUAAAAGACCAUGCUUGAAAGGCAGAGAAACGGUGGAGUGAAAAACGAAGCUUAUGAAGAUUCAGAUUCAUGUCGAGUUACUAUAGAUACAAUGCAGAAACAAGAAAUUAGAGGCCCUGUCUUAAGUUUCCAUGAUAUUUCAUACAAUGUGGAUACUGGUAGGGGUGUUGGUGGAAAUAAAGGACAGAAAAAUAUUUUGAAUAAUUUGAGUGGAGUAAUGAAACCUGGUCUUAAUGCAAUAUUGGGACCCACUGGCAGCGGCAAGACUACGCUGUUAGACGUGUUGGCUGGAAGAAAAAAUCAGACUGGAUUAACAGGUUCUGUACUUUUGAAUAACCAAACUCUGCCUUCCAAUUUCAAGUGCUUAAGUGGAUAUGUAAUACAGAAUGAUAUUGUGACGCCAACAUUGACAGUUCGUGAAAAUCUUUGGUUUUCUGCUCAUCUUCGUUUACCACAAACAGUUUCAAACCAAUCAAAGCAAGAAAGAAUUGAUCAAAUAUUAGUUGAUCUUAACCUAACAUCAUGUGCUGAUACUAAGAUCGGGAACGAGAUGAUCCGAGGAGUAUCGGGAGGAGAGAAGAAGAGAGCAUCGAUUGGGAUGGAGCUCAUCACUGCUCCAACUGUUCUCUUCCUGGAUGAACCAACCACAGGGUUGGAUGCUUCCACUGCUAAUGCCGUCAUGUUUCUACUGAAACAAUUAAGCCAAAAAGGUUGCACCGUCAUAUUUUCAAUCCAUCAACCUCGUUACAGCAUAUUUAAACAUUUUGACACUCUUACAUUGCUUGGGGAGGGACAUAUGGUUUACCAAGGACCUAAACAACAAGUCCUGCCUUACUUUGAAAGCAUUGGUUACACUCGUGAAGAACAUAACAAUCCAGCAGACUUUUUACUUGAUGUUAUAAACAGUGAUUCCCCUACAUUUAAAAGUAAUGGGAAUGGUAGCAAUGUAAAAUCAGAAGGUCGAAAAUCCUCAUUAUCCGAACACCUUUCCUCACUUUAUAAAGAGUCAAUUCAACAAGAUUCUUACAUUAAAGAGAAAGAUGUGUCUGAAAUGAAAAGCACAGUAAAUGAUACUGAAUACACCACAUCUACUAUGUACCAGUUCAUGAAAUUGUUUCAAAGAGAACUAGUUGGUUUGUUUCGAAGUCCAGCUGCUAUUAUUGCAAAUGUAACAAUCAACAUAUUAUCGGGACUUAUUUUCGGAAUUCUUUAUUUUAACAUUGGUAUGUCACAAACAAUAGGAGUUCAAAACAGGUUUGGUGUCUUGUACUUCAUGUUGACGAAGGCAAUGUUUGACAACACAGCAAUUGCUGAUUUAUUUAUUAAGGAAAGAUCGUUGUUUGUCCAUGAAUACAUAUCAGGAUACUAUCGAGUGAUCUCAUAUUUUCUUGCAAAGCUUCUGGCAGUUGUUAUACCUCUAAACACAAUUGGUGUAUUACUUACCUCUGUCAUUGCAUACUGGAUGGUUGGUUUAAAAGCUGAUGUUUCAUCCUUUUUCAUUUUCUUCUUAUUUUGCCUUUUGAUUUCUCUAUCUGCCGCUUCUAUUGUUUUGUUUUAUUCUGCAUCAUUCUCAAAUAGCUCAGUUGCAUCAUUGGUGACCACACUCACUUUCGUUUUCUCGCUGCUUUUUAACAGUCUUACAAUAAAUGUUGGCUCAAUGUUCAAAUGGGUUUCUUGGAUUAAAUAUCUAAGCAUCUCACAUUACUCAUUUACAGGUGCUGCAAUCAAUGAAUUUUCUGGUUUAAAUUUCCAAGCAAAAUGUUUUCCACCAAACUCUACAUGUCCCUCUGUAUUGGGAGAAACCAUUAUACAAGGAAGGUUAUCUCUUAACACAUCUGAAACAAUAGAGUGGCAGUUAUGGCAGAAUGUUCUUGCAUUGGUUUGCAUAUUUAUGGGGAUGCUGGUACUUACUUAUGUUCAACUGACUAGGACAAAAUUGUACACAUAAAACUUAAUAGUGUUGGAUCUAAAAUUUUUCUUACAUUUUAUGGUUAUGGGUGUCUAUAUAUUUGUAAUUUUAUGAAAGAUAUUCCACUGGGGGAUGCCUGGUUAGUAUAAAGCAGAAGUUAUAAAAAAUCUCGUAUUAGAUAGAUUUUCCAAAUUGUUGUAAAAAAUGAAUUAGAUUUUUAAAAUUGCUGUAAAAAAUGUAAUUAGUUUUUCUAAAUUGCUGUAAAAAAUGUAAUUAGUUUUUCUAAAUUGCUGUAAAAAAUGUAAUUGGUUUUUCUAAAUUGCUGUUAUUGUAGAUUAUCGUGAUUUUUCCACUUGCAAUUUCUUGUAUUUGUUCUUAACUUUUAUUUUAUUCCUGCAUUUAUCAAUAAGCGUGUUUAACCAAAUAUUGUUUUACCGUUACUACUCGUAUUUUCGCUUUUGGAAACUCUCCUGUUCUUUGUUAUCGUUACCGUACAGACGAAAUAAAUUUCAAACACACCAUAA